UCUUACAUGACAAACUGAACCUCUAGAUGGCGUAUAAGUGUCGUUUACUGGUAUCUGGGAAAACAAAAGAACCCUAAACGUGGUGGCGGCAAAGUCUUAAUUUCCUGUGUAUAUUGCUGGAAACAGGAAACAGGAGACUGGGUAGCGGAGUGCUAACUGCUGAAAUAAUACAGUGAGUUUAGGUUUCUUGUGUACACUGCCUGUAUAUUACGUUGUAUUUUCUCGAUAUUUCUGUACGAAGCAGGCAUUCUGUUAAGCAAAAAAUGUCUCUGAAAAGACUUCUUAAAGCAGAUAAAGACUGAAGCGCAUAGUGCUGGUGUAACCAUGAUCUAACAUUCAGUGAAGGAGAAUCAUGGAUGAAGCACCCCAUCAAGAGAGUGAUGCUUGGUAUAACCACCAAGUGUACUCCAGGUAUUGGCGGCAUUACCAGCAGGCCAUGAACUGGCAAUACAGACAUAAACAGGCCUACAGAAAGGCACUAGAAGCUGUUUACUAUUCACCGUUCAGUCCACCACCACCUGCUGCACCUCAUCGCUAUUCUGACUGGAUUGGUGAUAAUCACAGUUCCAUGAGCCAUUGUUCUGCACCCAGAGAGAGAAUGGACUGGGCAAGGCAGCAUAAGCGUAGUGGGCAGGAGAAGCACAAGGAGGAGUUGGAAACGGAGAGCGAAUCUGAAACGGAAAGUGAAGGGGACUCGGAGUCAGACAGCGAAAUAGAAUGUGACGUCAGUAACAUGGAGAUAACAGAGGAGCUUCGGCAGUACUUCGCACAGACUGAGAAACACAGGGAGGAGCUCAAGAAACAGCAGCAGCUGGAUGCAGAACAGCAGGAUACAUAUGUGUUGGCUGACCAUGAUUUGUACAGAGUUUCCGGUCGAAGUGCACAACCCCCAGUAGAGCGGCCCGGUGAGAGAAGAAUGGCUGAAAUGAAGAAACUGUACGGGGAGGAUGCUGCUAAAAUCCAGGGCAUGGAGACAGCCAUGCAGCUCACUUUUGACAGAAACUGUGAUAAAAAGCAGCCAAAGUACUGGCCUGUCAUCCCCCUUAAACUAUAAAUCUAAGUUGACAAGACGCUAAAUGAAAAAUAUAUUUGAUGUGUGAUGCAAAGCACUGUUCAUGUGGUUGUAUGUGAAUGACAGUAUUGUAUGUCAAUAACGAUUUGUUUUAAUGUACAGUAUUGAAAAUGUCUGACCCUGUGACCCUUUUAUAUGACUACAGAAUAGUGGUCUAGUUCAGAAAGAUUAAAGGUUUCAAACUGAAAUGUAUACCUGUUGCAUACUUUUAGUAUUUUCUCUAAAAUAAACGUUUUUCAGUUCA